AUGGCAGAAGACAAGAUUGGUUCAUUGGAAGAGGAAGCUUUGAAACGAAAAGAACGCUUGCAAGCUUUGAAAAAGAAAACCGAGGAUAACAAAGAAAACCAAAAUGAUAGUGCUAGUACGUUACCAAAACCGAAAUUUCGGAGUUAUAAACCACAGGAUGACAGUCUUAAGGACAAGGUAUUAGAAGAUGCACAGCCAGGUAAUGUUGAAGAAGAAGUACAAGAUCAAUUAAGCGCUGCAGUUACGAAAGUUGUCAUUGAGGAGCUUGAUAUUAGCAAUCUUGCUCCCAGGAAACCAGAUUGGGAUUUGAAGCGGGAUGUUGCAAAGAAAUUAGAAAAAUUAGAAAGGAGAACUCAAAAAGCGAUAGCUGAGCUUAUAAGAGAUCGUCUUAAGCAAGAGCAGCAUGAUUGGGCUGCUGUGGUAAAUGUGGCAACCAACGAUCAGACGAAGAAUAAUCCUUAG